ACAGAAUAAGAAACUGUAUAAGUAAAAGUGGGUCUGGUCAUGUAGGCUCACCCCCGGCUGUCACCCUCUAGCUUGCAACGAAACUAGCCUAUGGUUGCCUCGGGUGGCCCCUUGGUGGGCGUCACCCGCUGGCGCGCCAUCCCGAGUCGUCUGUAGCCCUCAUCCAACUGGGACCUAGGUGCGUUGGCUUGGGCACAUCAGACGGGCAAGCCGGACGCUGCGCAUCGGCUGGUGUCGGCUUGCGUCCACAUAUCGAUACCCGGGCUCGUUUCCAAUGGCAAGCCUGGUUCAUCUGGCCUGAAUCCAUAAUGUCCAUUCACUGGGUGGUUGGGUCAGGCAUACAACGUAGGAGGUACCUAUAAGUUCUCUGGGGUGCGGUCCGCCUCGAUGUGGAGGAGCGUAUGUCAAAUCAAACGGGAGCUGGGCACCUUCAGGUUCCCUGCAGGCUCCCUGGCUACCUAUUUGCGGUCAUUGUUUUUCCUGAACGGGAUCAAAAGUUUUAGGUUUCACGCUAGAAACUGCAUCAAAUGGAUCAAAUCGUGCGCAACUACCCACGAGCCCACGGGGGGGCGUUCCGCUCGUAAAAUGUCUGCACAUAUAUUUCCAUAGCCUGUUCGCCUUCCACCCGUUUGCCUUCUCCAUUAGACAAACAUAGCUCUCGAGACCCGGCCAGAGAGUCGCCUUCUUUGCCUUAAAGAGGCAACCUCCCACAACCACAUCCUCGGAAGACGGCAAAGAAGAGGCGCAGCUAUCAAUGGACGCAAACGCCUUGCGCCGCUUCGCCAAUGUGGCCAUCCAGCGGCUACUGCUCUGCCCCUUCUACGCGCGCAAGCCAUUCGAGUAUCAUCGGGUCUUGGAAUGCGCUGGACGUGGGUUCACUUUGCCUGAGCUCAAAGCACAUCUUUACAGUCACCACGAGUUCCUCUGCUGGCGCGGCUGUAAAGCAUUCCAGUCCCAGAAAGCGCUUGAAGAUCAUUAUGCCACUGUUCAGACAUGUGUCCGGCGCAUACCGGAGAUCGAAGGCUUCGGGGAGCAUUUGAAAGAAAUGAUCAAGGAUCGCACGCACCCUCCAGGCCACCAGGGCAUGACCCGCGAGGAGAAGGAUAGGUGCCUGUGGGAAAAAAUCUACGAGCUCAUCUUCCCUGAAAGCUUGGUUUACCCGCCAGCAAUGUUCUACGAUGAAAAACAUCUGAACCAUCGUGCCAAGGCCGAGCAGGAAUUUGCGUGGGCCCGGGAGCAGUACGGCGAGCAAGGAUGGCAGCGCAUCGUCGACUCGACCAUGGCGAUCACGUUACUCAGUACCGCCACCCCCGGGUCCUCAAUGGCGGCCAGCUACCCAGACAGCCCGCGCGAGGGCAGUGAGGCGGCCGAUUGGCCCGAAGACCUGGCGGAUCCCCCGGUCAGGGACGGGGAGGACCGGGAAAGGGCCGUGGCCCGCGACACACUCGGCGUCGGGGACUUGUUCGGCGAGCCGACCGCGGGUGUUCCUGCUGCCGAGGACGACCAUCAGGCUUGUGAAGAUCUUAUCUGUUGGCUGGGGAAAGAUGCGGAGUGCACUGAGCAACGGCGCAUGAUAUAGGAAUAUCGAUCGUUGGGAGUGGGAGGGCGUCGUCACGAUUGCUAUAAGCGUUUACGUGGUUAUUUGGAGCUAUGUAUAGGAAUUGUUAGCGCUGGCACGGGUGUUCGGGUUUCGCGGGAUUAUUUUGGAUGUAUUUCGGGGAACAAGUCUUGGAGCAAGGUAUCUGGAAGAAAACUGGCUAUUCAUGGGUUUUUCUUUAGGCGUUUUUAUCUCAUCGAAUCAAAGCAAGCUUGAUGUAAUUUUCUGUUCAUAAUGGAACUGCCACUAAGGGAAAAGCUGAUAACCCUCGCCUCAUCGGCUGGAUACCAAGGGCCUUUUCUCGUUUCUAGUUCCCCCUUCAUCCUUUUACCUUUCCCUGUCCCCUUCCCCUUCCUCUUUUCAAAAAGG